UUGUAGUAUAGUGGUAAGUAUUCCCGCCUGUCACGCGGGUGACCCGGGUUCGAUCCCCGGCAACGGCGUUUUUUAAAUUUAAAUAACUUUUUUUUUCCCUUUUAUAGUUAUUACGUGGCACAACCUUCCCCAACAAGGUUUCUAACUUCUAACCACAUAUAUAUAUAUACACCGUCGAAUCCCUUGUGUAUAAGAUACGAAUCUUUUUUAUUUUCCUUGACAAUUUCUAUUGAUUUUCUCGCCAAUUUUCUCAGAAACUCCUCAGCAAUGGCGAAACUCUUCGGCUACCCAAUCAACGUGAAAGCAGAGGAAGAAGACGACGACGGUGGUAGCUCAAUCGCCGCAGAGUUUUACCGAUCUGGUAACCAGCCGGACUACGAAGCUAUAAGGGAAACCAAUCCGUACAUCCGUUUCCUGGAGUCGAUUUCAGAUCCCGGAUCGGUUUCGAUGGAAUCAGAACCCGAUCGGCAUCACUCCUUCAUCGAUUUCUUCGGUCGAGAGUCGUACGUAGGCUCGAAUCAGAGGCUAAGCACUUCGCGUGCUUUCGAUAUCUGGGGGAUUCAAGACAUGGAGGAGGAGGAGGUAGAAUUAGGGCUCCGAAUCGGGUCCGGAUCCGGGUCGGAUCAUUCAGGCGAGUUAGGGCUUCAAGUUACCAGGAGUUUUGAAAUCGAUACGCGUAUGAUCGAAAUCGGGUCGAGUCGGGUCGAAAUCGGGUCGGGUCGGGUCGAGAUUGGUUCGGGUCGGGUCGAAAUUAAUACGGGUCGGGUCGGAAAUAAUACGGGUCGGGUCGAAAUUGGUACGGGUCUGGUCGAAAUUGGUACGGGUCUGGUAGAAAUUGGUACGGGUCUGGUAGAAAUUGGUACGGGUCUGGUAGAAAUUGGUACGGGUAUUGCUUUUGUUGGGGACGAUAUCUUGGUUGGUCACGUGGAGCCGCAGAACGAGAUCACGUGGGUUGUUCCGGAACCUGUCGAACCCCAAGAAGAAGUAGGAGGAGUAAGCUUAUCUCAAGAGCCCAUGGAGGAAUAUAAUCAAGAAUGGCAUGGUGGUUUAUUUGAUGGGUUCUUUGAAGAAUCUGUAGAUUUAGUGAUGGAGGAUUUUUUCGACACCCUUUUUCCGGAUAUAGAUGUAUACGCUGCGAACAACAGAGACUACGAGGAUGUUAUAGCACGAACGUUCCAUGAGUCUGGAACCAAAGGAAGUCCACCAGCUUCCAAGAGGAUGGUGGAUGAGCUUCCUGAUGUGGGAAUCACCUCUGAAGAGUUGAGCAUUGGCUGCGCGAUCUGCAAAGAUGAGAUUGUGGUGGAGGAGAAAGUUAAGAGGCUUCCUUGUAGGCAUUACUAUCAUAAAGAGUGCAUUGUGCCUUGGUUAGGGAUAAGGAAUACAUGUCCGGUUUGUCGGUAUGAGCUGCCUACUGAUGAUCUUGAGUACGAAAGGAAUAAGAGAUCACGAAGGGGUUUGGGGAGAGACUUGAUGUCAGAGUAGGUGAAGUUAAUGUUUGCUGAUUGGUUUGAUGUACAUAUUUGGCUGGAAACAGAUUAAAGGGGGAAAUAAAAUUUUUGCAGCUAUAUUUUGGUGUUCAAGUUAUUUAGGUUCAUUAAUCUUUUAGGUUUUGCUGAGAAUUGUUGUUCAUUAGUUCUAAAUAUGAUUUUUUGGAAUGUGAGUUUUUGCUUGCUCAA